AUGACGAGCUUGCUCUUUUUCGUGCUGAUGGGCGAGCGCGUGUGCGGUGUGAGUAAUGCCCUGCCGCCCUCGGCGGGGCAGGGGGGACACACGCUCCUCAUGGGGCUUCUUCGCACAGUUGUGACGCUGCCGGCUGCCCCCAUCCAGUUCUAUGAAGCUGCUUUCACGCUUUUCUCCACCGUGGACAGAAACGGGAGUGUUGCAGCAUUUGUACACCUGCGGAGGAUCCCGAUGAGCCUCCAGCAAAAAAGAGAAGAACAGGUAUUGGACGUUACAGAAGCCAUGGAGAGAGAGGUCGUUGCCGCAUUAGGCAAAGGUGAGCCAGAGGAGAUCAUGAGCAGUGCUUCCAACCUAAAGGUGACUCGUGAGGAUGUCCACACCCUAAGGAACGGUUGCUGGCUAAACGACGAGGUCAUUAAUUUCUACAUGGGUCUUGUGAUGGAGAGAAGUAAGAAGGCAGGAUAUCCAUCAGUCCACGCUUUUAGUUCCUUGUUUUAUGAAAAACUAGCUUCUGGGGGCUACAGGACAGUAAGAAGACUGACCAGACGCGUGGAUGUCUUCCAGAAGGACAUCAUCUUAGUGCCCAUUAACUUGAGCUUGCACUGGGCACUAGCGGUCAUAGAUAUGAGAAAGAAGACCAUCAAAUACUUUGAUUCCCUGGGACAAGAAGGAGGGGACAAGAUUUGUGAGACUUUGCUCAAAUACCUGCAAGAGGAGAGCCGUGAAAAAAGACACGCGAAGCUGAAUGUUUCGGAGUGGACUGUUCACAGCAUGGAGCCACAUGAAAUCCCUCAGCAAUCGAAUGGAAGUGACUGCGGCGUUUUCACCUGCAAAUACGCAGAUUACAUCUCGAGAGAGAAACCGCUGACCUUUACACAGAUCCACAUGCCUUAUUUCCGCGAGAGGAUGGUGUGGGAAAUACUCCAUCAAGAGCUGCUGUGAGGCAUGCGCUACCAGAGUAACACUGUCAUCACCUUUGGGUGACUACCUCUUCUUUUAGUUACUUUUCUACUACCUCAUUUGAAAUAGCAGCAGGCACACAAGUUUUUCUCUUUAGGUUAAGUAGUAGUGGUUAAGAUUGUUAUUUCCCCCCCUGCCUGCCCCUAUUUUGGAGACAGCAACUCUCCU